AUGAUGACGCAGGUUCCAAGUUCUGAUCAUACAGAAGAUUGUCCUCGCUACGAGGACCAAGAAAUGUUCACGCCAUGUAUGAUAGGAGAGCUGGAAGCACAGUUCUUAAAGAUGAUGGUACAGCUGACCGAUGCCAAGAGAAUACUUGAUGUGGGUACGUUUACUGGUCCACCUAUCCAUCCACCUGUCCAUCCAUCCAUCCAUCCAUUCAUUCAUCUAGCCCAUUCAUCCAUCCACCUAUCCAUCCACCCAUCCAUCUAUCCAUCCAUCCAUCCAUCCAUCCAUCCAUCCAGUCAUUCAUCUAGGCCAUUCAUCCAUCCAUCCCCCCAUCCAUCCAUCCAUCCAUCCGUGUAUACCGUAUUUAUUCGAUUAAGCGCCCAACCUCGAAUUAGCGCCCACCUCGAGUAAGCGCCCAUCCUAAACGCAGAAAAAGAUGAUAAGCACCCAGCCUUGAAUAAGCGCCCACCCACCCCACUUCCUCCCACAAAAACUCCAAUAAGAGAUAAUAAGAGACCCUCCCGAAGACGGAGUUUUCUUCAGAGUAUUUUACACAAACCUUGCUUUGUUACAUCUUCGCUUUUUGUAAAUAGCAUUUACUGUUUUGUUGCAAAAUAUACUACUACACUUUCUGAGAAUGGUGAAAAUUUGAUAAGCACCCAGCCUCGAAUGAGCGCCCAGCUCGAAUAAGCGCCCAAGGUCAAAAAAUGUAGUGAACGCCCAGGGCGGUUAAUCGAAUAAAUACGGUAUGUCCAUCCAUCCACCUUAUCUACUCUUUCCUAUAAUAUCCAACUUCUAAUCGUUCACCUGUUAUUCCAAGUACCCAUUCACCCCUAGCCGAUACUCCUUCAGGAUUUAUUUACCUAGGUAUGGUAGUUAAUAUUUUUUCAGUCUCGGGUAAUUUUUUUUUUUCUUUCAACUUCUCUUUAGGAACAUUACCAUACUCAGAAAACAAAAGAAAACAAAAAUUACCUAAGAUAAAAAAAUUAACUCCACAUAUAUAUUCUUAAUUCUUUAGUUAGGUUGGAGAGGCUGUAAUUGUUAUGGAUGACCUUAAAACAGCGGGUGAAAAGUUCGACAUUGUGUUCCUAGAUGCACCCAAGGAUCAGUACAUCCCUUACCACAAAUUCGCUCUUGACAUGCUUACACCCUCUGGCUUCAUCAUGGCGGACAACUCUCGGUGCGCGCUGCUUUACGAUGAAGACGAUUCCAGAAGACAGCCCUUACAUGACUUCAACCAGAUGGUCAAGAAAGAGAAACGAGUAGAACAACUAGUGGUGCCUUUAAGGGAAGGCGUGUCUAUUAUAAGACCAAAAAAAUAUCUGUAA